GUUGGACUAGGACCAUACAAAGAUAAGAGUUUCAGCUUUCCACACUUUUAUGUUUAACAUUCAGUUCAUAUAGUAGUGACUGUUAGAUGAGUAUUCCUUGAACCUGGAGAAGAGUAUUCCUUUAUUCCUUUAACCUGGAGAAGAGUAUUCCUUUAUUCCUUUAACCUGGAGAAGAGUAUUCCUUGAACCUGGAGAAAAGUAUUCCUUGAAGCUGGAGAAGAGUAUUUAUUCUUGAACCUGGAGAAAAGUAUUCCUUGAAGCUGGAGAAGAGUAUUUAUUAAACCUGGAGAAACGUAUUCCUUGAACCUGGAGAAGAGUAUUCCUUGAACCUGGAGAAACGUAUUCCUUGAACCUGGAGAAGAGUAUUCCUUGAACCUGAAGAAGAGUAUUCCUUGAACCUGAAGAAGAGUAUUCCUUGAACCUGGAGAAGAGUUUUCUCUGAACCUGGAGAAGAGCAUUCCUUGAAUCUGGAGAAGAGUAUUCCUUGAACCCGGAGAAGAGUAUUCCUUGAACCUGAAAAAUUGGAUCGUAGUUAAACAUUAAUCUGAAUAUUCCACAAGAGACAAAAAGAACAUUUAAAUUUUGUGUCAGUGGAUUUUCAAUGAAGAGAUCAGUUUAGGAUUAAGAAACUCUAUCUGCUAGUUCCAAGAUUAGUUGAAGAAUGGGUUGGUUACUCAGUAAAGAUGAUAUCAAAGGUUUCUUCCCUACUCCCUCCAGUGGGGUCGUCUUUCUUCUAUACAUGGCAAUGUUCGUUUCACAGGGAUUACUAGUUACGAGUUCUCGUAAAGGAUCAACUGAAUAUAGUUACAAUGUUACAACGGUGGUUCUACUCACAGAGAUUCUGAAACUCAUCCUUUCCGCUUCAGUAUAUAUAUCACAGAACAGUAUACACUCCAUGGUUCGGGUUAUAUCGGAGAACUUUUACAUCCUCUUCCUUUAUCUAGUUCCAUCCUCUCUCUACUGUAUCUACAACAACCUUGCGUUCUACUCCCUCUCCUACUUCAACCCGACCUCGUACUUCAUGUUCAUGCAGAUCAGACUCAUUCUCACAGGCUUCAUAUAUCAGGUUUUGUUCAAGAGAAAAUUAAGUGGAAUUCAAUGGUUUUCUCUUGCUCUUCUUACUCUAGGUUGUAUGUUCCAUGGUGCUGGUGGCGGAAACAGUGCUCUGGGUUUCGGUUCAGAUAAAGAUUCAAUUUCAGCUCUAGGAGCUGGAUUCUUCUUCAUUUUUACUCAGGUUAUGUGCAGUGUGUUUGCUGGAGUCUACAACGAAUAUAUAAUAAAAGGAGAAGGUUCUGGAGUUGAUAUUAUGAUCCAGAACGUAUUUAUGUAUCUAGAUUCCAUCCUCUGUAAUCUUAUCCUACUCGGAGCUAAGGGUGAGAUAAUCUCUGCUUUAUCUCCUGAUUCUCUGGGUUCAGUACUCCAGGUUCUAGUUCUAGCUCUAGUGAUAAACAACGCAGUUCUCGGUAUCAUCACCAGCUUGUUCCUCAAGAAAUUAAACUCUAUCGUGAAAGCGUUUGCGUCUGCUCUGGAACUUGUGUUGACCGCUCUACUCAGCGUUCCUAUAUUAGGAAUUCCUCUGAGCUUAGAAACAGUUAUCGCUAUUUUGAUAAUAUCUGCUGCAGUGAUAACUUAUGUAAAAAAUCCUAUAAAAGAGCAGACAGCUAAACCUGUAGAUGAGAGUAAAGUGUGAAUAAAGAUAUAUUAAGAAAAAAAAAAAAAUUUUGUUUGCAAUUUAUAUUAAUUAAAAAUAUAAAUAAAAAAUA